AUGAAAGGUUUUAUACAACGGUUUUUACGUAAACUGCUGGGAUUUGUUUAUUACAGUGUUUCUUAUGAUCUCAAACACAGAAUCAGGAUAUCGAUAAACGACAUUUAUAGUAUUUGCUUUUUCGUUUUGGGGGUGACCAUUGUCAUUUAUUUGUAGAAUUUUAAAGGAAUGAAUGAAAACUUGAAAGUUUCAAAUCUAAGAUUUAAUAGUUUGAAAGAAUAACUUUAUAAAAAAACUUCUAUUUGUCGUAAUAUUACUGUUCAAUAAAGUAAUGGCAUAAUUCAAUCUCUGUUUAAUUUUAAUUUAUUUAAUAACUUUAAUAGGAAGUUUAAGAGAAUUUACAACUAAAUAUUGCCAGAAUAAAGAAAACUAAAAAUGUUCUUAAUUUGA